AUGUCCGCCGACUUAUUAGCUGCGUUCGGCCAGGACUCGCAGCCCCCAACGAGCUCCGCAGGCAACCGACAAGCUGCACAAUCGCAAACGAACCCUUUGAUACCCAGCCCUACAUCGACCGAUGAUGAUUUCUUUUCGUCGUUAUCCAAUCCGGAUCUACCGACUGGAUCAAUCCCAAACCCCCCGAGUCCAGCAGUAACACAGCGCCAACCCCAACCCCCGGGCUUUGAGUUCUUCAAUUUACCUCGUCACGAUAAUAGCGAUGUGUUGUUUGAUGCAGAGAUCGAUAUACCUACCAAUGAGACAGAGGAUGAAUGGGGUGACUUCGAAGGACCGGAAGCUACUGUUGCUACUGUUCAGCCGCAACGAGCCCCAAAUACUAUACCUCAAACCGAGGCACCAGCAACCCAACAUCAAGCAGCCCAGAUAGACCUGCUAGACUCUCUAUCAUUGAACGACCCGCCACAGAAUUUGAGUAUAACAACAAAGAAAUCGCAAAAUGUCUCUAUGAAGUCUCAGGUGGCGGCGCCAGCAAGCAAUCCUCCAGAAUCAACAUGGGAUGACGAUUCUUUCGGAGACUGGGGUGAAUUCACAGACACACCCUCUACAAACCCACCUACAACCCAACGACAGCCUCCGAAACCCAAACCAAAAGCUAAACCAGCCCCCAGAAAGCCCAUCACCAAAAAUCCUCUCAAACCCACACCUCAAAACCCAGGCUGGGAGGACGAAUUCGAAGAUUGGGGCGACUUCAACGACGGCCCAACCCCAGCAGCACCAAAACAAACAAUAUCAAAACAACCCCCAUCUCCAGCACUAGCUCAAGUAAGCUUCACAUCCUCAACCUCGCCAUCCUCAACAGUCCGACCAACAAACAUCCCACCCCCAUCCGUCCUCCUUUCCCUACUAGUCGAAAUCCUCAGCAAUCUCCAAAAAGAAGCUCUCCAAUCCCGAGCAUCAGAACAAGAAUCCCGAGAAGAAACCGCAACAAGAAUCCAAAUCACUCUAUCAACCGCAGCGCGGAUAAUAGCAGGCCGCAGUCUACGCUGGAAACGCGACAGCAUUCUCAGCCAAAGUAUGCGAAUUGGACCAGCUGGUAAAUCCGGCGGGAUGAAGCUUAGCACGGUAAACAAGCACGAAGACGUGAAAGAGUCACAGGAUGCCGUGGAGGUAUUAAGUCUCUGGCGAGAGCGUGCGGCACUUUUUAACUCUGUGGUUCAGGGUGUAGGGCAGAAACCUGUUCCUGUUGUUGGUGAUCCGGCGGCUCUUAAGGUUGUUGUUGCGAAGGUGGAGGAUGGUGCGAUUAAGGCUUCGCAUGCUUGUGCGCUUUGUGCGCUAAGGAGAGAUGAGCGGGUUUUGAGGAUUGAUGAGGGGGUUGUGAAUGAUAGUUUUGGGGAGUGGUGGACGGAGCAUUGGGGGCAUACGGGGUGUAGAGUCUUUUGGGAGAGGUAUAAAGAGUUGCUUGUGCAACGAUGA